AUGGAGCUCGUUCCUAUAUCUUCGAGCCAAAUAUAUCUGGCACUUUGCUAUCACGUCUAUAACCUUUUCUUUUUUCUUCGCAUAAGCGUCGGUUUAGUGAGGAAAAUGUCGAAGAUGACUCGUGAAGUGAUCCCCGCCAAGUCGACCAACCCGAUCAGUGCUGCCAUUCGAGUUGGAGACACCAUGUACAUCUCGGGCCAGCUGGCAGUUAAUCCGGAGACUCGCUCUCUGGUUUCCGGUGGAAUAGUUCCCGAGACACGAGCGGUCCUCAAAAUGCUGGGAAAUGUGCUGGAAAAAGGGAGAAUGAGUUACAAAAACGUGGUGAAGUGCACCGUCUACCUGGCAGACUUAAAGGAAGCUGGAGAAAUGAACAAAGUUUACUCCGAGUUUUUCCCCGAAGAACCCCCUGCACGAAUCGCGAUCCAGGUGGCGAAACUUCCGCUGGUAAACUGUGAUAAUCACAUCUAA